AUUGUGAGCUAAGUGUGCACCUUUCGUUAGGUGACUCAAACUGCAUCCUGCUGGAUUUACUUCGAACAUCCUAAAAUACGAAGAUGUCUGCCUGAGGGCUCACUGAAAGGAAGAAUUAUUUUUAUGUUUUAGAAUAGCUUCUGAUUAAACUUAGCACAAGAAGAAAAGAAGCUAGUUGUCUCUCACCCAGGAAUAGAUUUGUGGCUGGGCUUCAACAUGGCUUCCUGCCACACCUGUAACCUCAGGGUGCUGGUGGCUGUUGUGUGUGGGCUGUUGACGGCCGUUGUCAUAGGACUGGGCAUCUGGAGGAUUUUCAUCAGGAUCCAGCAAGAAACAUGGGCUCCCCCGUCAAGCACCCCUAUAGAGUUCUGCAGGAAUGGUGGGACCUGGAGCAAUGGCAGAUGUAUUUGUACAGAAGAGUGGAAAGGACUGAGAUGUACGAUUGCUAAUUUUUGUGAAAAUAGUACCUACAUGAAUUUAACUUUUGGCAGAAUUCCAGUGGGAAGAUAUGGACUUUCCUUGCAAGUAUGUGGCAGCAAUACUGCAAAUGCGGGCAGUCCAAUGGCAAUCCGGCUGUGCAGUGUCUCUGAAUAUGGAGAGAUACAAUUACAAAACGUGAUGUAUGGGAACUGUGAUGAGAAUCUUCAGACCCUGGAAAAGCAGGUGGAGAAUGCCACAGAGUUUAAUUUUAUUUCUACUGAAGCCCAGAUUCUAACAUCUGAUGGCCAAAAGUUAACUGCCGAGGAUGUCACUUCUGCUACUAGAGUGGUUGCACAAAUCUUCAACACAUCCAAAAAUGCUUCGCCUGAGGCAAAAAAAGUUGCUGUAACAACAGUGAGUCAGCUUCUAGAUGCCCACGAAGAUGUUUUUCAAAGAGCUGUUGCUGCUGCUGGUAAUGAUAAAGCCUUUACAAUGCUUAUUGAGCAAAUGGAAAAUUAUUCCUUGUCUUUGGGCAAUGAAUUAGUGGUGGAACCUAAUGUAGCAAUACAGUCAGUUAAUUUCACUUCAGAAGGCACUGUGGGGCCUGCAAGUGUUCGCUUCUCCGUGCAUAAAGGAACUAGUGAUUCUCUAGUUUCUGGUUCAACCUCUAUCGAUACAAAUGUGGACAGUCUUAAUCCAGAUGGACAGACUGAACUUCAGAUCUUGGUUAACACCAGUAAAAGUACAACCAAGGCAUGUGGCUUUGUCGUGUAUCAAAACAACAAGCUUUUCCAAUCAAAAACAUUUAUAACUAAGUCAAAUUUUAGUCAAAAAAUUAUCUCAAGCAAAACUGAUGAAAAUGAAGAAGUUCAGCAUGCUUCUGUUGAAAUGGUCUUUAGUCCAAGGUACAAUCUAGAAGAAUUUCAACUCCAUUCCUAUGCCUGUGUCUUUUGGAAUUUUUCAAUGAAUGAUUGGGACACAUAUGGCUGUGACAAAGUCAAGGGCCCUGAUGGAUUCUUGCAGUGCCACUGCAACCAUACUACUAAUUUUGCUGUAUUAAUGACUUUCAAAAAGAAUUAUCAGUAUCCGGCAUCACUAGAUACGUUAUCCAACGUUGGAUGUGCACUCUCCAUUUUUUGUCUGGCUUUUACAAUAAUAUUUCAGAUUGUCACCAGGAAAGUGAGAAAAACCUCAGUGACGUGGGUGUUAGUCAGUCUAUGCACAUCAAUUUUGAUUUUCAACCUCCUCUUUAUGUUUGGAAUUGAAAAUUCCAAUAAGAACUUGAAGACGAAUGAUGGUGACAUAAACAAUAUUGACUUUGGUAAAAACGAAGUUGGCAGUCAAGACAUCAUUAACACCCCAAAUCCCGCCUGCACUGCCACUGCCGCCUUCCUGCACUACUUCCUGUUAGUGACGUUUACCUGGAACGGGCUGAGCGCUGCCCAGCUCUAUUUCCUUCUAGUUAGGACCAUGAAGCCUCUUCCUCAACAUUUCAUUCUUUUCAUCUCAUUAAUUGGAUGGGGAGUCCCAGCUAUAAUAGUGGCUGUAACAGUGGGAGCUGUUUAUGCUCAAAAUAGCAAAGAUUUAUCAUGGGAGUUAGUCUACCGGCAAGAAGCAAUCUGCUGGCUGGCAAUUCCCACAAGCAGCGACUUCAUAAAAAGUCCAUUGUUGUGGUCAUUCCUCAUACCUAUAACCAUUAUCCUCAUCAGCAACGUUGUUAUAUUUAUUAUAAUCACAGUCAAAGUGCUGUGGAAGAAUAAUCAGAAUCUGACAAGCACAAAAAAGAUUUCAUUCUUAAAGAAGACUGUUAGCACAUUAUCUAUUGCAGUUGUUUUUGGAAUUACCUGGGUUCUGGCAUACUUGAUGCUAAUUGAAAAUAAUGACAUCAGGAACGUAUUCAGCUACAUAUUCUGCGUUUUCAACACUACUCAGGGAUUGCAAAUUUUUCUCCUCUACACUGUUAGAACAAAAAUCUUCCAGAGUAGAGCUUCCCAAGUGUUGAAGUCACUGUCCACAUCUGCAGGGAGAGUGACGUCACUGCCUUCCGUGACCCUGCUGAGGCUGCGUGUAAGAAUGUACAACAUGCUCCCGUCUUUUACAGCCCUACACGAACGCUUUAGGCUACUGGAGCCAUUUGCAACUACUGAGGAAGAGACACUUACUUACAGUGACGGAGAAAAUUCAGGGAUCUAGGGUGUAAAACUUUUCUGGUCUUUUUAUUAAACUCAUGUUGAAUCCUAUCUGUUUCCCUCCUUCAUUUCCUAGUCUUCCCAGAAGGUCUUCCUCAAUAUAUUUUGUUCAGGAUUAAGAAUUAGGUAAAACCUGUGGUUUAUAUCAUUAGGGAUAACAGACUUUGUAGUUUUUGUGUUAUUCAAUAGAUUCUCACUGGACUGAGAUGGAGAAUUGCAUAGAGCCUUCAAGAGUACCAUUGUUUCUUAUACCGUUAAGUCUGUGACACGCUUUGACAAAAUUGUAGAACCCAUAGCAAAUUCUUUCACAAUACCAAAGAAGACAUGAGGAGGAAAAUUUACCUUCCAGAACAAAAUGACUCCUGAUGAACAGUGUGUAGGGAUUUGCUUAUAUGUAUCAUACUUUUGGUCUCUGAAUAGUUUGUAUGUGCUUGUGCUUUUAUUUCCAGUGAAGAAUUUGGCACCAGUUUAACCUCUGGAAAGGCAUAUCAUUUCUGUUUUUUUCUUUUAAAGCAUGUUUUGUGAUCAAGAGUAAUUUGCUCUGUAACAAAUGGGCACGAGACAUA